AUGUCAGCGAUACCAAUGAACCACUUGGAGAGCCUUCAGAGCUUCAUAUAUCAUGAAAAACGAAUCGUAUGUCGCGGAAAAUUACAUUCUUCAGGAAGUAUAAGCGACGAUCCCUCUUUUCUUAAUUCACAUUGUUUUUCAGGUUACCUACAAAUACUUCAAAAACACUCAUUGAUUCAAGCACAAUUUUUUAUAACAUCAAAGAAUGCUCUCGGAAUUCGAAGCAUCCAU